AUGGCCGGCUUCAGACUUCGCGAUAUCAGCGCAUAUCUGGUCUUACUUAUUGCCAUCACGACUUUAGGGUCCUUGCAGUUCGGUUUUCACUUGGCAGAGCUUAACGCACCACAAGAUGUCAUUACGUGCCGCAAGAAAUCGAUAUCCGCGCUCGAUAAGAUCAAAGGACUGAUCCAUAAGAAACCGGCCGAAGAUCAUGGCUUCUUGUCCCACUGUAUCCCCAUGGACGAAGCUUCAUUUGCGACCAUAUCGUCAAUAUUUACUUUGGGUGGUCUACUGGGAGCUUUGACCUCUGGUCCCUUUUCCUCAAAGCGUGGCCGUCUACCCGCGAUGCGUAUCACUGGGUUGCUCUAUAUAUUUGGAGCUGCCAUUGAGACUGUCGCCGGAAGCGUCUUUGUCAUGGCGCUCGGCCGUCUGUUAUCUGGUAUUGGUGCCGGUGCAUCGACUGUCGUGGUUCCUUUGUACAUCAGUGAGAUUGCGCCGCCCAAGGAACGCGGUCUUUUUGGCUUCAUGACUCAGAUCUCGAUCAAUGUUGGUAUUCUGAUAGUGCAAACUAUGGGCUAUUUCCUGAGCUACGGCACUGCUUGGAGAUGGAUCCUUGGAAGCGGAGUGUUCAUUGCGACAGCCCAAACUUUGGGACUCUUUGUUGUACCAGAGAGUCCAUCGUGGUUGGCUGCACAAGGCGAUGGGACUCAAGCAAAACGGACUCUGCAAAGGAUUCGUGGUCAUGGCCACGAUAUCGACGAGGAGACGGAGUCUUGGAAUUCUGAUGAACGCGAUGCGUCCGAGGAAGAUGGGCUGCUUCAGGCGGAUAGUGCCUCUGAGUCGGCUCCUAAGAAUCGGAUCGAGCAUCUUGGGUUCUUCCAAGUACUGAAAGAUCCUGACACCAGGCCUGCCAUCAUUGCCGUUGUUGGAAUUAUGUUUGUGCAACAACUAUGUGGUGUCAACUCGAUCAUCAUGUACUCAGUCUCCCUCCUUGCUGACCUGCUCCCGAUUUCUUCAGCACUCCUUACUAUCCUGAUCUCUGUCGUCAACCUCGUCACAACUGUCGCUUGCGCUCCUCUCCCCGAUCGCCUUGGCCGCAAGACCUGUCUUCUUGCAUCUAUUGUCGGACAGGGAACUAGCGCAUUCAUCCUGGCUCUUUCUAUUGUGUUUGGUGUCAAGAUUCUCUCAGCCACUGCAGUCGUGGCGUUUGUCGGCUUCUUCGCUGUUGGCCUCGGUCCAGUUCCCUUCCUCCUUGCAUCGGAAUUGGUCGGGCAAGAAGCCGUAGGCGCCACACAAAGUUGGUGCCUCGCAGCUAACUACGUGGCAACAUUCCUUGUGGCCCAGUUCUUCCCAAUCGUGAACACAGCUCUUAACAACUUGCUGGGUGGUCACGGAUGGGUCUACUUCAUCUUUGCAGCCCUGGCUGUUGGGUCUGCCUUCUUUGUGUUCUUGAACGUGCCAGAAACCAAGGGCAAGAAGGACGUUGAUGAGGUUUGGGGCAGGACAAGACGCGUCGACUGA